GGGGCGGUGGCGCUAGCGGCGGCUCCUCUCCCUCCUCCUCCUCCUGCCCCUGGGGACGCGCUGCUUGCCAACGGCGGAGCGGGAAGAUGGAUCCCAACAGGAUCAUCCAGGCUCUGAAGGGCACCAUAGACCCGAAGCUGCGCAUUGCUGCCGAGAACGAGCUCAAUCAGUCCUACAAGAUCAUCAAUUUUGCUCCAAGUCUACUGCAAAUCAUAGUAUCAGAUCAAGUCGAAUUUCCAGUGCGUCAGGCAGCUGCCAUUUACCUGAAGAACAUGGUGACACAGUACUGGCCAGACCGUGAACCACCUCCUGGAGAAGCAGUAUUCCCAUUCAACAUUCAUGAAAAUGAUCGUCAGCAGAUUCGUGAUAACAUUGUAGAAGGAAUAAUUCGCUCUCCUGACUUAGUGAGAGCCCAGCUGACAAUGUGCCUCCGUGCUAUCAUUAAACAUGACUUUCCUGGCCACUGGACAGCUGUGGUAGACAAGAUAGGCUACUAUUUGCAGUCUCAAAACAGUGGGAGUUGGCUUGGGAGCCUCCUGUGCCUGUAUCAGCUGGUGAAGACUUACGAAUACAAAAAAGCAGAGGAGCGAGAUCCUCUCAUAGCAGCAAUGCAAAUAUUUUUGCCUCGGAUUCAGCAGCAGAUGAUCCAGCUUUUGCCUGAUAACUCCCAUUACUCUGUACUGCUUCAGAAACAGAUCUUAAAAAUUUUCUAUGCUCUUGUUCAGUAUGCAUUGCCGCUCCAGUUGGUGAAUAACCAGACUAUGACUCAGUGGAUGGAGAUCUUCCGUACUAUUAUAGAUAGAAAUGUACCUCCCGAGACUUUGCAAAUUGAUGAAGAUGAUAGACCGGAGCUGGUGUGGUGGAAAUGCAAGAAGUGGGCAUUGCAUAUUGUAGCUCGUCUUUUUGAAAGGUAUGGAAGUCCUGGGAAUGUGACUAAAGAAUACUUUGAAUUCUCAGAGUUUUUUUUAAAAACCUAUGCUGUGGGCAUACAACAGGUUCUCUUAAGAAUCUUAGACCAGUACAGGCAAAAAGACUAUGUGGCGCCACGUGUUCUUCAGCAAACAUUAAACUAUCUGAACCAAGGGGUUAUUCACUCUGUAACAUGGAAGCAAAUGAAGCCACACAUACAGAGUAUAACAGAAGAAGUGAUAUUCUCUCUCAUGUGCUACAAAGAUGAGGACGAAGAGCUCUGGCAAGAGGAUCCAUAUGAAUAUAUCCGCAUGAAAUUCGAUGUAUUUGAGGAUUAUGCAUCUACUACAACAGCAGCACAGAAUCUCCUUUAUACUGCUGCAAAGAAGAGAAAAGAGGUACUACCAAAAAUGAUGGCAUAUUGCUACCAGAUUCUGACAGAGCCAAACAUUGAUCCAAGGAAAAAAGAUGGAGCUUUGCAUGUUAUAGGAUCCCUAGCAGAUAUUUUGUUGAAGAAGAGUGUCUUCAAGGAUCAAAUGGAGCUGAUGUUACAGAAUCAUGUAUUUCCACUAUUCAUGUCCAACCUGGGGUACCUCAGAGCUAGAUCUUGUUGGGUACUUCAUUCAUUCAGUGCUUUGGAAUUUCACAAUGAGCUAAACUUGAGGAAUGCAGUAGAGUUGGCAAAGAAGAGCCUGAUUGAAGAUAAAGAAAUGCCUGUCAAAGUAGAAGCAGCCAUAGCUCUUCAGACGUUAAUAAGCAACCAAGAGCAAGCCAAGGAAUAUGUGAAGCCUUACGUCAGGCCAGUUAUGCAAGAGCUCUUGCACAUUGUUAGAGAGACGGAAAAUGAUGAUCUUACUAAUGUCAUCCAGAAGAUGAUCUGUGAAUACAGUCAGGAAGUAGCUACUAUUGCUGUUGACAUGACUCAGCACCUGGCUGAAAUAUUUGGUAAAGUACUUCAGAGUGAGGAAUAUGAAGAAGUAGAGGACAAAACAGUUAUGGCCAUGGGCAUCUUGCACACAAUUGACACAAUCCUGACAGUUGUGGAAGAUCACAAGGAGAUAACUCAACAACUUGAGAGCAUUUGUUUGCAGAUUAUUGGCCUUGUUUUGCAGAAGCAUGUUAUAGAGUUUUAUGAAGAAAUUCUCUCCUUGGCCUACAGCUUGACAUGCCAGAUGAUUUCACCUCAAAUGUGGCAGCUUUUGGGUGUCCUAUAUGAAGUUUUCCAGCAGGAUUGCUUUGAGUACUUUGCAGAUAUGAUGCCUCUCUUGCAUAAUUAUGUGACCAUUGACACUAAUACCUUACUGUCUAACCCAAAGCAUUUAGAAAUCAUUUAUGCUAUGUGUAAAAAGGUAUUAACAGGAGAUGCAGGAGAAGAUGCAGAGUGCCAUGCAGCCAAACUCCUAGAAGUAAUUGUUCUUCAAUGUAAAGGACGGGGUAUUGACCAGUGUAUUCCACUCUUUGUGGAGGCUGUUCUGGAUCGAUUAACUAGAGGAGUUAAAACAAGUGAGCUUCGUACCAUGUGUCUUCAGGUUGCCAUAGCUGCACUCUACUACAAUCCCGACCUACUUCUGCACACCUUAGAGAACAUCAGAUUUCCACACAAUCCUGAGCCCAUCACUGCACAGUUCAUAAACCAGUGGAUGAAUGACACAGACUGUUUUCUUGGACUCCAUGACAGAAAGAUGUGCAUAAUAGGACUGAGCAUCCUAAUGGAAUUGCAGAACCGACCGCCUGCAGUGGAUGCUGUGGCUGCCCAGAUUGUCCCUUCAAUUCUCCUCCUCUUCCUGGGCUUAAAACAAGUUUGCGCCUCACGAGAACUCACAGAACACGAGGAUCAUGCUAAAGAUGAAAAACACGUUGCAGAAGAUAAUGAAGAGAUAUCAAGUGAUGAGGACGAGGCAAAUGAAGUGAGCCAGGCAAUGCAAGAGAACCAUGAUGGUGGAGGAGGAGGAGGAGGUGGUGGAGGAGAAGAGGAAGAGGAUGAAGAUGAUGAUGAUGAUGACUGGGAUGAAGAUGCAUUGGAAGAGACUGCUCUUGAAGGAUUCAGCACACCUCUCGACCUUGAAAAUGGAGUUGAUGAAUACCAGUUUUUUACACAAGCACUUUUAACUGUGCAGAGCCGAGAUGCAGCCUGGUACCAUUCGCUGACAGCACCACUGAGUGAGGAUCAGAAGAAACAGCUGCAGGAAAUUUAUACAUUAGCAGAACACCGGCGAAGUGCUGCAGAGGCUAAGACAAUAGAACAACAAAGCGGCUACACAUUUGACAGCAAAGGACUGAUCACAGCAUUUAACUUUGCUGGAAGUACUACCGGUGGCAACUGAAGGAUCAGCUGCAAAGGUCAAUGGGAAGGGUCUCAUCAUUACAUUUUCUUGAAAUCAUGGUGACUUCUGAGUGAUAGGGGAGGGUAAUUUAAUGCUGCUGAAGGUUUCCUGGAAAAUAGCAGUGUGCUUCCCCCACCAGAAUGCUCUUUCUAACCAGCUACUGUAAUGUACAAAUUCUUGUGGUGUUUUUAUAAUUUGAUGGAUGGAAAGGAAACAUUUGUCCUCAAGGAAACCGAAUGACUGGGAGGAGCCAGGCUGCAUCUGAUUGAGUUGCACUUCUCAGGUUUUUGCUGUGCAGAAUUGAUAGAUUCAUAUGGAUAACAGUGCCUUCUGUUGUACAUGGAUUGCCUGAACAAAUGGAUUUUGGAGUGCAUUAUAAUUUUUUAAGUGUAAGGACAUUUCUUGAUACACUGUAAGCCUUGGUUCCAUGUUUUCUAGUCACCUGCUAUUUACUACUCUGUUCUGUUGUUUGUGGGUUGCAUAUGCAUUGCUGGAUUCAGAAUAUUAUCUUCCCUAUUUGGUGCAGACCAAAUGUGUAGAGGGAAGUGUCUGUUGGAGCUGCAAAGCAUACACUGGUUAUGUCAAAGGGUCUUAACAAAAUUGCAGAUUUUCCCUUGAUGCAGUAGUUUUAAAUAAUUUCUCUCAGCCAUGAAAUCAACUUGCUUGAGUUAUGAUGGCAUGCAUGGCAGGUGGCUACAGUGAUAUUACUUCCUGCCUGGGCAAGCAGAGUGGCCCUCACAUGUAGAUGUUCUACAUGACAGCUUUUUAUUUCCACUAUUUUUGAUGAAUAUUGGAUUUUGAUUGGGAUUCUGUAAACCUCUUUUCUGGUUUUAUUCAUUCAUUACCAUUCCAGUGGUAGUACUGAGUAAUGUGAUACAAAAUAUUUACAAUAUUUUAUUUAUCUUGAUAGAAGAAAAAUAGCUCCAAACUUAUUUCUUCUUACUCUUACACUUCUGUGGUUGUAUUUCUGGUCUGCAUUCCAGUUGGCUGUUCUUGUUGCAUGCUGAAAUUCUAUCAUCUGCCAAAUUUUUUCCUUAAUUUUGAAGACUGGUUUCUCAUAAGUUGAAACACAUCCAACAAAUUUUUUGUGGAUAUGUUAAUUUGAGAAACUAAUAGCAGUACUAAUUUGACUAGGUGCCCCUCCUUUAGAUUUACUGGGAUCGGAGUGGUGUAGCCAAAAUAAGUAGGGGUGCUUUAGAAUGUGAAGUUUGGAUUGGAGAUAAAAUGUUUAGACCAGAUAUUGUCUCUAUACGUUAAUUUCUUUAUGAUUUAGAAAUAUUUACAAAACAAUUUUAAGCACAUACUGAUAGUGUAUUUCUUUACAGCAGUGCCCCAGCUGAAAAGUCAAAGCCCUCCCCAUACCCCAUCAGAUUUCCAUUGACUGUAAUGAAUUACAGAUUGCUGGCCCUGCCCGGUGCUGAAGCUUUCAUUUCAUGUACCUCAGAGUAAUUAUAAUUCAGUCUGAUAUAUCUGAAGCACUCUGUGCCUUGGCUUCUGGAAAAGGCCAAAGUGUUUCUGCCUGUUUCUUGCCCCAUCCCUUGGGAUUUUCUGAGCCUGGCAGCUGAGGGGCAGAAGGUUUCCCUACAGCUUUCCUUUUUCCUGCACCUUUAUGUCAGACUCUCUCCAGUGCUGUUCUCUGCUGCUGGUUCUUCCCACCCUCCCCCAGCAGCUGGAGAUUAAAGUUGGCCUGGCUCAUGUAGGUUUUUCACUGCUGCUACUCACUUAAUAGCAGCAGUGAAAAUUUCUCACUUUUAGGUCUGUUGAACAUAUGGAAAACUGUGAGAAUUCCAGGGUCUGUUUCCAAAAGGGAACAAUACAUUGAGCUGCAUUGGGCAGGCUCUUCAAGUUCAAACAACAGAGGGCCAGGACAUUCUUUAUUUUGAACAUCAGGCCAUGAAAAUUAUAGGUCAUUUUUGCUAAUUUAGGUCUGGGGGUGAAUUGACUGAGAUGGUAGGAAGACAUUACAUCCAGUUUGUUGGUGAGUUUCUCAGAAACCACAGAAGUUUUGAAUUCCUUCAUAAAUUUAAGGAAUGUUUUUUUUUUUUGAAAUUAAGGACAUGGACAUCUUCUCUCUUACCUGAAAACUGUAGUGAAAUAUUAUUCAGGUAAACUGUUUAAUCCCUUUAUUAUCUUAUUUUUAAAAAUGAGAUUGUUGAGUUGGGUUUCUUUAAAAGCCCAUUUGCCUUCUCUACACUGGCAUGCAGAGCAGAAGAGGGAUUUAUUUUUCUUCUGCUAAUGAGGUUGCUUGGACAGUCACAAGCUAAUAUUUAGGAGUUGAUGUGUUCGAGGAAAAAUCUGCUUUUGCAUAGCAUCUUUGUGUCACUCGGCUGAACUAUGGCUGCUCCCUUGUUCUGCUUCUUGUAUACUUUACAAAUCAACUGCCAAGAAAAUUUCACCCAGAUGUUUCUUACAAGGGGUUUAAUCAGCAGCAUGGAGUCGGGAAUCUUUGUUGUCUCUUUUGCAGUGGGGAUCAGAGGUGUCUGAGGGGAUGGCAUGUAAAAAGGUUAAAUGCCCUUCCCUUCCCAGGAGAUUCAUGAGCAAAUGUUUCUACUGGCAAAAGCAAAUGUUAAUUAUUUUAUUCCUUUUUUUUGAAAAGGGUUUUCAUCCAAAAAGAUUUAUUGGGCUCUAGCCUCCACUAUAACAUAUGGUUCGCUUUUAACGUGAUAAAUAUCCAUUUGUACAUGAUCAUAAAUAGGUAAUGGAUUUGAGGGAUUUCUUUCUGACCUGUGUCCAGCUUUGUACUACAUUAAAGGGAGAGUAACACAAA